UUAUUAUAAAGUCUACUAUUUUCUCAUCAAUCAUAAUAUCACCACAAAAAAAGAUAAGUUUAUUGGAUCAAAAAAAUGGCAGAAAGUAAUCGGUGUCAUAUUGCCUUUGAGAUUCUCUUGGCUAUCCUUUUGCCUCCUCUUGGCGUUUGCCUUAGAACUGGCUGUUGCAGUUGUGAGUUCUUGAUAUGUUUAUUGUUGACACUGUUGGGAUACAUUCCCGGGAUCAUCUAUGCCAUCUAUGUGAUCGCGGUGCAGCCGCAGCCCAUCUCUUCAGAAGGCCCGUACCACGCACUUCCUCAGUAGAUGAACUCGGUUUUGCAGCAUUGUAGAAGAUAUUGUUGAUUUUGGUUGUAUUGUCUAUGUUCCAUCUUUGAAUCGUAAUUUUUGUUUACGUUUGAAUCUUGAUCUGUAAUCUGUUGUACCAAAAGGUCAAAAAAAAAAUAAAAAAAUCUGUAAUCUGUUGUACCAAAAGUGCAAGAGUUUUCGACAUGUUGGGAGUAGUAGUUGUAAGUCUCAUUUUAGGUGAAAUAUGUUUGAUUUUUGCCUUGAAUUGAUGCAACCAUUGUUAUA